AUGGAUCUCAGAAUAUUACGUCGGCCCGUCGCCAACCUCCUCUCUGCAAAGCCUCAAUGUCUAUUGUCUUUGAACGCCACGGCUCGUCGACAUGAGUCCUCUUACAGACGUUCUAAGCAACGUUUAAAUGUCAAACCAGAUCCAAAUUUUGUUCCAUCAAAUGGCGCGCCACAAGAUCACAUUAUUUUCAAUCCGCCAUCCUCCUCUCCAUCCGUUUUCCACACCCCUCUAAAAUUCCUCCCCAAAGAUGACAAGAGAAGAAAGCUUUUAGCAAUCACCCAAGAACGACUCAACGCUCUCUCACAUCGAUUACCACCUCCAGUCAACCCGAAGCAGCUGAAGUAUGAGAGGCAUCAUUUGAGUGAAAAGGAUGUUGCAGAGAUCAGGAGGCUGAGGGCGGAGGAACCAGAAAAAUGGACUAGACUGCAAUUGGCUAAGAAGUUCAAUUGUUCGUCGAUAUUUAUUGGCAUGAUUACAGAAGCAUCGGCAGAGAAGAGAGAUUUGGAAAGAGAGAAGCUGGAAGCCGUGAAAGCUAGAUGGGGACCGACGAGAACAGCAGCGCGGGAGAACAGGCAAAGACGGAUUGAGUUGGCAAAGAGGGAUGAGUGA